AUGGGACAGCUUCUUAGGUAUCAAGAUCAUGCUCACCCAAAUGUCAACAUCAAGGACCCAGACUCCGUUCCCAGCAUUAAUAGUGCACUGUUGGACAAAAUCUCGGAAAGCCAGAGAGCUGCUGUAAGACCUAUGGUCUUUUCAGCCUUCGCAUGGUAUUUUAUUGUCGCCCGACGGACGCAGGUCAUCAGCUCACAUUGGCUUUUCUUCGGGUCCUUCGCACAUCCUCCGUCCGUCCUAUCCAUAUCCUCUGUUGGUUCAUUGCUAUCAUUCCUCGCACACACUGCUGCUAUGCUGAAUAAUGAACAGAAGGACAGUGAAAGGAAGAAAGCUGAAGCUGAUCUACGGAAGCUUGAUGAUGUUGACAUUGAUGAUGACAUUGAUGAUGACUCUGACAAGGAGAAUAUUUCUCCUUAUCAUGCCCCCAAGCAGCUGUCUCCACCUCAUGCUUCCACCAAGCGCAUCUGUCGUGAGCAAACAGGAACUGAAUGGCAGUCUGUCCUUGAUGUUAUCAAACACGGCAAGGAGAUACAGAGCAAGCAGAAUGAAGCUGUCAUUGAGGAGAUGAAGGCUUGUACAGCUGUUCUCGAGUGA